UUUUUUUUUUUUUUAGUUGUUUCUACAUUCUUUUUUGAUACAUAUAAAAACCAAUGGCUUCACAAGAGUACCCCGAUCCCGUCAAGGACUUUAAGGGCUUUCAAUCGUCAUUGUUCAAAGCACUUGUUGCAGCGACUGCAGCAGCCAACAGUAUUCCCGUGGAAGAAGUUGGAUUUUAUAGAUCUUUAGAUAGAGAUUUUGCAAAGGAUCUUGAUCACGCAGGAUCCAGCUCUUUAGCGAUUGGUAAUGCCUUAUUACAACAGUGCGCUAUCGAUUCUGGAUUGGAAGUGACGAAUUUUGAGGAUGUGGAUGAUGUUAUUCAACGGUAUGGUGCUGCUACCGAUGUGUGUGAUGGAUUACUCGAGAAGGCUGAUCAUUGUUUAGACCAAAUUCGUGGAAAGGGAGUUCCAGAAGAUAUUAAGCAAGAUGCACCCGAGGUCACACAAAUCGCCACCAAGGAUAAAUUGGAAUACAAAUUUUUACAUGCCAACAAUGUUGUCCGUCCUCAAAUUAAAUUCAAAGAUGCGGUAGAUAACUCGAACUCGACACCCUUUGAAAGAAAGAUCAAGUAUAAGCCUCAUGCACUUGUUCCUCUUGAUUCGACGGCGAAUUUAGAAGAGACAAAUAAAUCGCUCCCCCACCCUUAUGGACACGAGAUUAGACACAUUGAAUAUCCUCAGCGUAUGUUUGAAAGAGCCGAACCUGAAAUGUACAAGCCUUACGAGACCACUUCGGCGAUUUGGGUGGAUACAGAGGAGAAGUUGAUGGAGAUGAUGAAGCGUUUGGAGGGAGUAGAGGAAUUGGCGGUAGAUUUAGAGCAUCAUAACUACCGUAGUUUUCAAGGAUUUACCUGUUUAAUGCAACUGAGUACGCGCGAUGAAGAUUUUGUGAUUGAUACAUUAGAGCUUCGCGAUAAAUUGUGGAUGUUGAAUGAAUAUUUUGCCGACCCCAAUAUUGUGAAAGUGCUCCAUGGUGCGGAUUCUGAUAUCAUUUGGCUUCAACGUGAUUUUGGUCUGUACAUUGUCAACCUCUUCGAUACCUAUUUCCCCACCAAAGUAUUGGAAUUCCCUCACCACGGUCUUGCUUACCUCUUGAAAAAAUACUGUAGUUUUGAUGCCGAUAAAAAGUAUCAAUUGGCGGAUUGGAGAAUCCGACCUUUACCUGUGGAGAUGUUGGACUAUGCACGUUCGGAUACGCAUUUCCUUUUGUAUAUCUAUGACUGUCUUCGUAACGAAUUAUUGGAUAAAUCGACGUCGGAAGGUAACCUUGUGAAGAUCUGUUUGCAACGAUCCAACGAGAUUGCGCUUCAAAAGUACGAUAAGGAUGUGUAUGAUGCGCUUACCGGAACGGGACCCGGUGGAUGGAAGAACAUGUUGGCUAAAUGGAAAUAUGCCAUGAACCCUCAGCAGUUGGCAGUUUUCAAGGCACUGCAUAGCUGGCGUGAUCAUACGGCACGAGAAGAAGAUGAAUCGUGGCGUUACGUGUUACCUAAUCAUAUGCUUUUUGCGCUUGUGGAGCGUAUGCCUGUGGAUUCCAGUGGGGUCAUUGGAUGUUGUAACCCCUGUCCUACGCUUGUGCGCAUGAAUGCUCAAGCUAUUGCGUUUGAGAUCCAGAAGGCAAAGAGAGACGCUGCGCUGGUUGCCAAAGAGUCUGCAUUUAUGGAAGAUACGAAACCACAAUUGGAGACGGUGACUACCUCAGCACCCUCGGGUGUGACCACGACCAAAAUGCAAGUGCAGCAAAUUAAGAGAAACGUUUCGAAUGUUGAUCCUGCUUUGUUUGAUUUGAAAAAGGUCAAGAAAUUAAGAGCUGCCGAUGUUGCCAAAUUGGAAAAGAAAUCAUCUGCAUUGUUUGGCUCUUCUUUGUAAUAACAACUAAUAAUAUAUACAAAAAAUAAAAUAAAAUAAAAUAAAAAACUCCAUCAUUUUUACAUAUC